AUGCAAUAUAUUUAAUACCAUCCUUAGAUUGUCGAUGAGUUGAAAAUGAAUGAAGCAAAGAGCUUGUUCUAAUAAAUUGAAGGUUCAUUAAUAAAAAAAUUUGAAGACAUAGAUGUAUUUAAAGAAUUAAUCUUACUUUACAAUCAUAAAAAAAAAGAAUUAGUCUAAUAGUCAGUGCAUUUUGGAUUAAAUUCUAUUUUCGUUGAAAAUAAAUAUAUUCUAUUAUGUAAGUGCUAUUAUGAAAUGAGAUUUACAAAAUUAAAACAAAAUGAGGGAUUUUACAUAAUUAUCUUAUAUAAUUCAAAAGGUAAGGAAUAUUUGAUAAUCAGUAAUUUUAAUUAGUUUUCUAAAAUAUAAGCAGUAAUAAAAAGAUUCUGUGUGAGUAAAAACUUUUUCAAUAAAUAUCAAUUAAUUUAAUAAAGAAGCUGUCUUCCUAUUGUCUAAAAUUGUAAAGUAAUAAAUUUAUAAUAAAAAAGAAUCAAGAGUUGUAUUGUGUUUUACAAAUUGAUAAGAGAUAAAUAGUAUCUGAAUUAGAUCAAGAACAGUUUUAUAAUAGUAUUAUUAUAAUGAAUUAUAUGAAUGAAUAAACAAAGAUUCUUAAAAUUUAUGAAGAAAAUUAGAUGUACUUUUUAUUUAUGAAAUACAAUAAAUUAUAAUCAUUAGAGUCAUUGAUCCUAAAUGAUUUUGAAUUUAGAGAAGCUCCAUUAGUAUGCAUAAUCUAUCUCAUUCUUCAAACUUUAUAAAAAUAUAAAAACUUAGGAAUAUAUCAUGGUAACAUUAGCUUAAAAUCUAUCUAUAUAAAUAUGUAAGGGGCCUUUUUAUAAAUUAUUAUUUUAUUUCCAAAAUAUUUGAUGGAUAAUAACAAAAGUUCAACUCUAGAUAUUUUAAAUUUAGGUUAAUUACUAUAUUAAAUAACAUUUUAUGAAAAAAAUGAUAAAAUUAAAUAGUAUAUAGAUUAGAAAUUGAUAACAUAAUAAAAAUAGUUAUUUUAAAGUAUGAAUAUAGAAAACAAAUUUAAAUAUUUGUAUAGAAUCAGUUAGUUAGAUUUAUUAAAUCAAUUAUUAACAUAAACAAUAACAAUUGAAAAUGCAUUAAAACAUUAAUGGUUUGUAACUGUUAAAUAAAAUCUUAAAGCAGAGUUUUUGAAGGAAACAAAAGAACGCUUGGAUUUACAUACAAUUAUUGAAUCAAAUAAUGAAUUAAGUAUGACUUUAUCUCUUGAUAAAAGAAUUUCGACAAAGGAAUUUGCUGAAUGUGGUAUAAUAAUUAUUAUAUAAUAAAUUUAGAAAUCGAAGAUGAAUUUCCAGUGAAAUGUUCAAUUUUAAAUCCAUUUUAAAUGAAUCCUUCGAAAUAAAAACAUGACAAUUGCAUUUUAAAAUCAAAAAGUUUUUCGAAUUUUGAUUUAAAUUUUGAAAAUUAAGAAAAGUACUUUACAAAUGAAUAAUCUUUGUUUAUUUAAUGA